CAAAUAAAGCGUAUCAAGCUUCGCUAUGAUGAACAAUAUAGUAUUGCACUAUUUGAGCAAUUGCGAAGAACGUGUUUCUCAAUCUUAGGUAAGCAAACCUUUGCAAAGGCCAGGCUUUCUUACAAGUUUUUGGACGUGCGCAAGGCAUAGUGUUAAAGUAUUUAAUAUGCUACCUAGAAUUACCUAAGCUGUAACCGGCGCCAACCGGCGCCAUGCUGCCUUCGAGGUUUCGGUUAUCUGAGCUUCCUGUUCUAACACUAGGAGCGCUGAAUCCACGCUUUAAAGAUGCCCGUUGGAGGGGAGUCGCCUAAAAGGCUCCCUCGCGGUGGUGGUGUAGGCACGACGCCCCCAGCUGGCAGGGGCCGCGGCAGGACCGAACCUUCCAACGCCUCCGGAGCCGGCGGCGCAUCAAGCAGCAGCGCCUAUACUCCCAUACACACCGUGCCACCUUCAGCUCGGCCAGGAAGCACCAGGCGUACCCCAGGGGGCGGCAGCAGCCGUGGUGCGGGUGCUGUUGUGCCCGGCGGAGGUGGCGGUGGUGGAGGCGCAGUGCCGUACUCGCAUAGAUCCGCACCCACUGCCGUACGAAGCCGUGUUGGUGGUGGCGGUGGUGGUGGUAAUGGUCAUGGAUACGGGUACGGCAAUGGCGGUGGAGGCGGGGCAGCUUCAUCAGCAGCAGCAACUGCGGCGGGCCGCGGGGAGCGUCGGGGCAGUGCUCAUUCCUCGGAUAUUGAGUUCAUCGCCCCCGAUGCCGAUGACUUUAGCUUUUCCGAAUGCGGUGGCAGCAGCAACGGCUGUGAACCUUCGCUGCAGCCCUCCACUUACAGCUGCGGCAGCGGCCGUGGCAUGGCCUUCCUAGGGCGGGGAGGGCACCCAGCGGGUCCUGGCAGGAGCGUUAGCGGUGCUGCUGCUGCUGCUGCUGCUGCUGCUGGGGGUGGUGAUGUUGGUGAUGGCGGCAGCGGCAGCGGACCGCCUCCUCCUCCCCCCACGGAGCAGGACGGGGUGUGUGAGCUCAUGGCGCCGGACAUCAUCUCCGCAUGCAAGGAGGGCGGCGGCGGGGUGUGUGACGUGUCCAUGCGGGGGGUAACCCGGCUGCCUGCGGCACUGCUCAAGUACUUCAGGGCGGAGGGCUCGCUGGUUUCGGAGCUGCGGCUGCAGGGCAAUCGCCUCACCGCACUGCCCCCGCUGGAGCUGCUGACGUCACUUGUCGUGCUGGACGCGUCUGACAACCUGCUGGCUGGCGUACCCGGCAGCCUGGGUCAGCUGCGGCGGCUGCAGUGCCUGAACCUCUCACGCAACUCGCCGCUGAGCCGCCUGCCGGAGCAGCUGGGGGAGCUCACAUGCCUCACUCGGCUGGAUGUAAGUCACAACGGGCUGCAGGUGUUGCCGCUGCGGCUGGGGCAGCUGGGGCGGCUAGUGGAGCUGAGGCUCGACCACAACCAGCUAUCCUACCUGCCCCCCGAGGCCGUCGGCCUGCCCUCCCUCACCGCCCUCCACGCCAGCCACAACCGCCUGACCUCCCUGCCCGCCGAGCUGGGGGCCGCCAGCAGCCUCACCGGCCUCUUCCUGUCGCACAACAAACUGACGGGGCUGCCCGCGGCAAUUGGCCAGUUGCGUGUGCGCCUGUCCGAGCUGCAACUGCAUGACAACCACCUGAGCUGCCUACCCCGUCAGCUGGGGCAGCUGGCGGCCCUCACGCGCCUCACCACCAGCGGCAACCGGGGGCUGCAACACCCGCCGCCGCAUGUGGCGAGGCGGGGGGUGGCGGCGGUGCGGGAGUACUUGCUGGGAGGGUGGCGGGGGGAUGAUUGGGGGGAGGAGGAGGAGGAUGGGCAGGAGGAGGAGGAGGAGGAAGGAGAGGGGUUGAGGGGAGAGGACAGCGAGGCGAGCGGCGGCGGCGGUACUGGCGGUGGUGAGGGUGGGCACGCCAGCGGCAGUGGCGAUGGGAGCUGUCAAGACGAUGAGAACGAAUCGCGAGGAAGAGACGCGCAGCAUGGGGGAGACGCAUCAGCCGCCGAGGCAGGGCCACAGCAGCAGCGGGAGCGGGAGCGGGAGGAAGAAGCGCAGCAGCAGCAGCAGCAGCCUGAGAGGCGGCGGAGAGGCGGCGGGCGGCAGGCGGGUCGGAACCAGCCUCCCUGCAAGACCUGUGGGGAGAAGGAUGAGCAGAUAGAGGAACUGGGUCAACUCCUCCGCGGCGCACGUGAGCGACUGGAUCGCUGCGAGCGGCAGCUGCAGCAGUGCCGCUCGCAGCUAACUCGUACGGCACACGAUCUGGAGCAACAGCUCACACGUACGGAGGAGGCGGAGGCGGAACGAAGUCGGUUGGUACGGCAGUUGGCGGCGGCGACCGGCAGUUACUACCGCAGCAGCUCAGUGGCGCCGUCGCCGCCGCCGCCACCGCAAUCACCAUUGACAUCGGCAUCAAUAUCCGUACAGAGUCGUCAACACGAGCAGCAGCAACAGCAGCAGGGUGGGCAUGGGGGCUCCCAGCAGCAGCAGCAACAACAACAGUUGCUCGAGCAGGUGCCCGAGGAGGAGGAGGAGGGGGAAGAGCAGGCAGGGUCCAAAAAGCAGCAGCAGCAGCAGCAGCAGCAGCGAGGAGGGAUCGCUUCCUGCUCUUCAUCCGGAUCCGGUUAUGGGUCAGGGUCCGGUUCUGGGCCUCCUGAGGUGGAGCAGCAGCAGCAGGAGUUGCGGUUAGAAGAGCUGCAAGAGGCUCGUGCGGCGGCUGCGGUGGCGCGUGCGGCGGCAGAUGCUGCCGAGCGGGAGAGCAGGCGACUGAGGCGGGAGGCGGAGGCGCGGGAGCAGGAGGUGCUAGCGCUGCGAGAGCGUGCCGAGGUGGCAGCUGAGGCGGUGCUUCGGGAGCGGGAGCGCUGCGACGCCGCCACCGCCGUCGCCACGCAGGCUGAGCGGCGGGUGGCUGAGCUGCUGCCGCUGGUGGGGGAACGAGACAGCCUGAGCAAGCAGCUGCAGGCCGCCAAGGCCUCCUGCGACGAGGCAUGGCGCGCCCUGCACACCGCUCGAGAGGGCCAUCUGGCUUCCGAAGCCACUGCCGAUAUGGUGGGCGGGCGGCUGGCGGCGGCGGAGGCCACCAGCAGGAGGCUGGCGGAGCAGCUGCUGUCGGAGAGGAGGGCGGCGGAGUGGGCGGCGGCGCAGGCGGACAGCAGGGAGCGUCAGUUGCAGGUGCAGGUGGAGCGGCUGCAAGCGCACGUCACCGCACUCACCGCAGAACGUCAGCUGCUGCAAAGCGCUCUCGCCCCCUCAGCAGGACCCAUGGGUCAUCACCACUUGCCGGCGUCACGACCCUCACCCACCACCUCACCCACGCCACCACCCCCUGCACCACCACCACCUCCCUUCUCCUCUUCCCGUUCAUCUCCAUCGCCAUCCUUCGCGGGAGGGCUCCCACCGGCCUCCUCCACCCCCUCCUCUGCUGCGCCUGCGUCGGUCUGCAGCACACCCCACCCAGCACCAUCCCUGACACUGCAACCACCACCACCACCUCCGCAUCAGCAUCAGCAGCAGUCGACGUCGUACGUGACCCCACGGCUGGCGGCGCCCGUACCAUCAUUAUCAUCCCCCCUGUCAGCACAAACAUCACCACCACCACCACCACCAUCAUCAACAUUACCGCUGGGUGGGCUUCGUUCGCAGUAUUCCCGGCGCUCUUCAGGCAGCAGCAGCGGCUCGGGACUGUUACCUGCAGUGGGCCCGGCAGCAGCAGCAGCGGCGUCACUUCAGCAGGGAAGCGCGCCGCCGAAUGCGGUGACAGCAGCAGCCGGGAGUGCGACGGGGGCUGCUGUAGCGGCGCCGUUUGCGGGCGGGAGGGGCGGAUGGACUGCGCCACAGAGGCUUUGAGGCGGCGGUUGCAUGGCUGUUGAGGGAAUUGCGCGGGUGGGUGGGUGAAUGGCAGCCCGGCUGAGUAACUGAGCCGCUUCCGGGGCGUCCAUGGAUGGUUUGAGUAGACGUGGUUGGGGCUGGAUAAGAGGAGGGUAAAUCCGAAUGUGUCCCUGGGGUUUACAAGGCCUUGGCGAGCAUGUCAGCGUGGGCACCGCAUGGGGUUUGGGAUGCGUUGGUGAUGGAGCGAUCUCACAAUUGUUAAUUAGCACUUUACGAGCCCUUGGCCGCCGUACAGGCGGUGCAGUUGAGCCGUUUCCGAACUGCUGCCUGCCUGCAUACGUGACCCCUGAAGCCCUGGCUGAAAAUGAAGUCCUGGGUGAAACAUGAAACACUCUUUGGCGUCCAGUAAACCCGAAUCCAGGCGCAGUGGGUUACGAUAGAUGCUUGAGUAACGAGUGGUACGAUGCAAGUCGUACCAAGUAUCCAGGUUGCUGUACGCCUGAUGCCCCACCUGUGCAGUACCAGUCCGAUGUGUGCAGAUGCGACUGCUGUGUCCCACGCCGCACAGUCGUGUACAGUCGUGCACAGUUUGCGC